AGCGGAAUAGCCCGUUGUGUGCUCACUACAUCUCCAUUUCCAACCCCCUGCAAGCAUGAUUGUCACUGGUCUGUCGUUGGAGACCCUUUCAAUAUUGGUGGGUUCGGUAGCUGCACUACACGCAUUGCAGCUCUUCGUGGAUUUCCGUCGACUAUUGGCAAGCAUUCAUCAUCUUCCAGGAUACAGAACAAUUCUUGGUUCCUCAACUGUGCUCGGAAACUUGUUUCCCCCGAUCCCCUUGUUGACCUUAGGUCAUGAUCAUUCUUGGCUGUCGAAGCAUGGCCCCUUCGCGGAGAAGGGCCUCGAUAUAAUUUCCACUGCGGCAUGGUGGCCGAAAGCAGUGGGAUCAUUGUUGAUAGCGGACGUCAAUGUGAUUAAAGACAUUGUUUGGUCUCGUGGAGAACGCUUCCCAAAACCUCUUGGCAAAUACACCAUAUUAACAUUCUUUGGUGAAAAUAUCAUUGUUUCCGAAGGCAACGAGUGGAAGCGUUACCGCAAGAUUGUUGCACCUGCGUUUUCAGAAAGGAAUAAUAGACUGGUCUGGGAUGCAACGAUACAGAUCAUGCUUGAUCUUUUUGAUACAAUGUGGGCUGGACAAGAAGAAGUGGUUGUCGAUCACUCUGUAGAUUUGACUUUUCCAAUCGCUCUGUUCGUGAUCGGGGCUGCAGGUUUUGGUCGUCCUAUAUCUUGGAAAGAGGAUACUGUAGUCACACUUGGACAUCAGCUGACCCUCAAAGAUGCUCUCCGCACAGUGACACAGGACCUCACCAUUAAAUUAUUAGUACCUAGAUGGGCCAUGGGACUUACUAAACGUUUCAGGCGUGCAAGGCUUGCCUUCGAUGAAUUGCAUCAAUACCUUAAGGAGAUGAUUCAUGAACGACGUGGAUCCCAGUACGAAGAUAAUAACGACCUAUUAUCUAGUUUGUUGUCAGCAAAUGACGGUGACAAUUUGUCAAAGAGUGAAGUAAAGCUAAGUGAUAGCGAAUUAAUCGGCAAUAUCUUCAUAUUCUUGGUUGCGGGACACGAGACGACAGCCCAUGCACUUUCUUUUGCGUUCGCACUAUUGGCUUUACAUCCUGAUAAGCAAGAAGAAAUGUACCAACACAUCAAACGCGUACUGCCUGACGGAAGAAUUCCUACUUAUGAUGAUAUGCUGUCAUUAGCCUACUCUUCUGCCGUGUUCAACGAAGCACUGCGAAUGUUCCCCCCUGUUUGCAUUGUGCCAAAGACAAGUGCAGAAGAUACGACCUUCACUCUCACAGAUGCGAAUGGGACAUUGAAAACAGUCGUUGUGCCUAAAGGGUUGGAUCUCACACUGGACGUGCCUGGGCUUCACUAUAAUCCUAAGUACUGGGAAGAUCCAUUCACGUUUAAACCCGAACGAUUCUUGGGUGACUGGAACCGAGAUGCAUUCUUUGCCUUCAGUGGUGGUAAGUAUCUUAACAUCUUUCUCGGAACGAGCUUGAAGAUGCCCAUACCAAUAGGUUAUAGAGGGUGUGUAGGAAGAAAGUUUGCGGAAGCCGAGGGAGCAGCUGUUCUCACUAUUUUAAUUUCACGAUAUAUCAUUUCGAUCAAGGACGAGCCGCAAUUUGUUGGCGAAACAUAUGAGCAGCGCAAGGCUAGAGUACUUGACGCACGAAGUAUACUCACUCUGGCACCAACCCGCCUUCCCCUGGUGUUCAGACGGAGAACUUGAAAAGAAUACCUGAGUCCCUGACUCGCUAGAGGAGGGCUUCUACGGGCUACUUUGUUUUCUCUUCAUCGAGUCUCGACGUUGCUUAUUAGCUUAUUGUCAUCUGCAGCCAGGAUAUAGAUAUAUUUCCAGUGACUGCUU